ACAAGAGAUACAUCUGCAAGCCCUAACUAAGCCCUAAAUUUCACUUUCAGAGCAACAGCACUGGCUUUUGGUCUAAGACACGCCUGGCUCUCUCGCCAUGGAUGUUCGUGAAUUCGUGCUUCCACUUCCUCCUUGCUUAUUAAUUGCUACGUGCUCCACCGCCUUUCCCUCUCUAAUCUCGUUUGUUCCUCAACAACUUCAACAAGGCCUCCCUCUAGCAUUUAGAAUUCAGCGGUGGCUUGUGUUUUGAAUUUUCUAGUGCGAGUGGCUUUUUCUUGCUUCAAUUGUAUAUGAUGGAGGGGCGUAGCCGCGUGUUGUGCAAAUUCUUCAUGCAUGGAGCAUGUCUUAAAGGAGUCGAUUGCCAGUUUUCUCACAACUGGAGCGACCAGUCUAGUCAGGUGUGCACGUUUUACCAGCGGGGUCUCUGCUCAUAUGGUGCUCGCUGCCGGUAUGAGCACGUGAAAGUGUCUCGUUUAACUCAACCUCUGGCAACCCCGGUGCCGGUUCCAAGACAUCUGCCCGCGGCCAUCUCCCUUACAUCUACCGUAGACUCAAGUUCGAGAGCUACAGUGAUUGCAAAACCUUCAUUGGCUCAUUUGAAAGAUGCCUGGCAGCAGAAUUCUACUGAAAGUCUUGCAAACGGUGUCUCAGCGAUAUCACUUGGAGAAGCUGAUGAGCCUGAAGCACUCUCAAAUGAUCCCAGUGAUAGGCCUAUUUGUGCUUUUGCUGCCGCUGGGAAUUGCCCGCUCGGUGAGUCCUGUCGCAAUAUACAUGGUGAUUUGUGUACAACUUGCGGGAAGCACUGUCUUCAUCCAUAUCGGCCUUUGGAUCGGGAAAAUCACAAGAUCCAGUGUGAGCGGAACAAGAAAAAUCUGGAGGCUCUCUUGAAAAGCCAAGACAUAGAAUGCAGUAUUUGCCUGGAGAGAGUACUUUCUAAGCCUACUGUGGCUGAGCGAAAGUUUGGAUUAAUGUCCGGAUGUGAUCAUCCUUUUUGCGUUGGGUGCAUACGAGGUUGGAGAAGUGGUUCUCAUGCUCCGGGAAUGGAUAUUGAUACCGUUGUGCGAGCUUGUCCAGUCUGCCGUGUGCCAACACAUUAUGUGGUGCCUAGUGUCGUAUGGUACUUCAGCCCCGAAGAGAAGGAAGAGAUCAUAAAUGGCUACAAAAACAAGCUGGGUGAGGUCGACUGUAGGCACUUCGAUUACGGAAAUGGCACCUGUCCUUUUGGCACAAGCUGCUUCUACAAACAUGCUUUUAAAGAUGGCACUCUGGAGGAGGUGAAAUUGCGUCAUCUUGGAGCUGCAGACGGUAACACAGUUAUCGUCAAGAAUGUCAGGUUGUCGGAUUUUUUAAAACUUUAAUGCCAGGUAAUACAGCUCACGGCAGAACCUUGAACAAGUGCAGCAUCGAAGAUCUUCAUAUGCACCUUGGUCAGCAUUUUGUUGUGAAUAUUGCCUACAAUUCUUUAUCCCGUGGACAAGAACCAGGCACGUCGAAUGUGAUUUACUCAUGGAACUUGGUGUGUAAAAGUAUGGGCAUCUUACUACUUAAGAAGUGGCAAUUGUUUUCGGUCACUACAGCCUACUAGCGCUCAGCCAGUCAAUAGCUGCGGGUAAUCUCAAAAGAGCAGGGGUAUGGUGAUCUACAUGAGAAUUGUACAAAACUCUGAUAAACUCAUCCGAGGAACAUAUGUAGAAGGGCUAAGUCUCUACAAUCUUUAAGUUAUCAUAUGCACGAGCACCGCAUGUCUCAACUACUCUGCAACAUCAGCUACUUUUAGUACUACUUGCAUUUGACAUGGUUAUGAAGCUCUCUAAAUUCGCUCGUGCUCUGCCGAAUUCUAAUUGGCUGGUUCUUUUGAACGAAGAAACUCUUUUUUUUAAAAAUAAAUUGGAAUGGAACUUUUUUACGGCCUUAGUGAACUGAUCAGAGUACUGAUCUUUUCACGGUCUCUGAAUUACUCCUA